AAUUUGAAGUAGAUGAGUAUCUAUAGAUUAAAAUGAGGGGAAACAAAAAUCUGAAAUUUGAAUUUUCACCAAAAAUCGGCUUUGUGAAGGCGGUUCCGUGCCUGGCCGGUUCCAGUUACCCUGGACAACGCUAACGCGAUUGGCCAAUUUCAGAAAAGCGAAUCCCUACUUACUUCCCGCCAAACCGUCUGCCGCGAAUUACUUGAAUCUUACAAAUAUACCGCACUCCAUUUCACUAGCAUCUCUCUCCUUUUCUCUCUCUCGCGCUUUGAGCCGGUGUGUCUGUGAGUCUGUGACUGUUGCAGCUUCAGAAUCAGGCCACUCAGUUUUGCUGCCCCAGUUCAUAUGCAAGUUAGAAGAAACAUUUGUUGAUUUUUUCUCUCAACAAUGGAGCUGAGGAAUUGCAGUGUUAAGCAUUUUAUCCAAACUAUUAGGGAUGGGUUGGUGAUAAAAGUUUGCAAUAUCAAUGCCAAUGGAAGGCCAGUGACUCGAACCAAGAUUUUGAAGGAUGUAUAUGAUAGUGAAGAUGCCAAAAGACUACAGAAGACUCCUUCAGGUUCGCUUUUUGUUAAUAAACAAGUGAACCAUGGAAGUUCGUGUUUUCCGGUGGCUGCUAGGGCAUUAUGGGAAACAAAAUCUGAACCUAGUGAUAGUGCUCCCAGUGCUGAUGGGGAUUCAGACAGUGAUGUGAAUGAUGCUAUCACAUUAUCACAGCUCAAGAACCGGUUAUUGACAAAGAGAAGGAAGUAUGUUCCCGCUGAUGAGAAAGCUGUGGAAGAUGAAUCUGAUCUUAACGAGCCGCUUAUCAAUUUCAAAUCAAAGCAUUCAAAGGCCACAUGGGCUAAAAGGAGACGCCUGAAUUCAAGUUCUAUUUCCUCUGCAACCAUUGAAGUAACUAUUAAAUCCGAAGAGAAUUUGGUUUCUGAAGGUUCCGAGCAAGCUGGUGGUGAACCUACUCCACUCAUUCGCAUCAAAGUCGAGGCUCCAGAUGCUGAGCAAUUAGGAGGCUACAAUGAAAUGCCUUCAGCCUCAUCAGCUGGUCAUAAUGUGGUAGUAAAUUCUGGUCAGAUAACAGUUCUACCUGACCAUGACAGAGAACCAUAUGAAGAGUGUCUUACCAAUGAGGUGUCUUAUGAUCAUUUGGAGGAUGUUGAACCUAUUUCUGUUAUUUUUACUCGGGAUGAAGGGAACAUCAGGUUGGAAACUCUGGAAUCUGAAUGCAAGGAGUUGCUGGGUUCUGCACUAGGAGAAAUCACGAAGCCAAAAGAGAAAUGUUUUUCAGUAACUUCGUUUUCUGAUGAUCCAGAUGCAGAUGUGUCCUGUCGUUCUAGUAAUUCUUCAGUUAUGCCCGAUGAAUGUAGUUCUAGCUACCAGGUUCCUGAUAUGGCUAUUGAUGGUUGCAUCACACCUCCUCAGGGAGCUAACUCUGUUUUAUUUGAGGGUAAAGCUGAGGCAGAUCUUCUCUCUGAGCUAAACAACUCUCUAAGUAGCCCUGGCAAGAACUAUGACUCCAACUCAGGUUCCAUUACGACCUCAAGUACUAAGGAAAAUCCCAUUUCCAUGACAGAUACUAGUGCUGAUGGGGAGCAACUUUCAACAUCUUCCUUUGAUACUGUUAUGAGGAAUGACUUCAAUACUGAAGGUCAUACCGAACAUGAGUUAUUGAAACCUUUGGACAAGCAGAAUUCAGAAUUUCCAAUAACUUGUACAGCAAAUGAGUAUUCGUUAGAUGACAAAACUUGUGAUAGUGCUGACACAAUUUCAAAACCAGAGCAACACCAACUUCCUGAAAGACCCCAACACCAUCUUCCUGAAAGACUCUUUUCCACCCGUAAGGCCUUGUCUCCAUCUUCUCAAGAGCAAUUGUGUUUGGUGAUGAAUUCUGUUGAAAGCGGGAACGAUGCCGAUCAAAUUAUUGAUUAUGAAUGCAAGGAGAAACUCUUUGAAAACCAGACUAUAAAGAAGCCUUCAUCUCUGAGAUCAGAGGUUCAGUAUGACAAAAAAACUGUGAGUCACAGAUUGCCUGGACAGGUUAGCCAGCAGAAAUUCGUCAUAAGUCCGAGAUGCAUCAGCAAGAGAUCAAAGAUAGCCAAAGGCAAUCUUGAGGGCCCUCGUUUCUCACGUACUUUACCUAAUCUCAGUACUGGGUGUACCUCUGUUCAAGGUUGUUCCGAAAGUGCUGUUGCAUUCUCACAGAGACAGAUGCAUGAUAUGGAGUCUGUUGCACUAAAACUGAUGAAUGAGUUGAAGUCCAUGAAGGACUUUGUAGAACAAAAAUUGCUAUUUGAAGCAUACCGCAAUGCUUCCUUAAAAAAUGAUGCAGAUGAGGUAAAAUCGGCCAUUAAUAAUGCUAUAAAAGCUGAAGAAACGGCUAGAAAGUGGAUGUCUAUGAUGGCGAGGGACUGCAACCGAUUCUGUAAAAUAAUGAAAAUGACGCCGGACAGCACAUCUUCUUCAAAAGAUGGUUUAGCCAAGGGGGAGAGGAAGAUCAUGUUUGCCGAUGAAGCUGGUGGGAAGCUAUGUCAUGUCAGAUUUUUUUAUGACAGCACUGCCUCUCCAGCUUCUAAUGUUGUAGAUCAUUGAGGCCAUCAAAUGCAUUCUGGUUUGCUUAAACGCUUCUUGUACUUGACCUGUUGAGUAUCGAGUGCAUGCGUGCUCGGAUAUAGAGAGAAAAAGAAAGAGAGUUGCUGCUUGUGUAUUCCUUAGUAUGGCUGCUAAUCAUACUGAAGAUCACUCAUAUCCAUGAUACCCUAUCUCUUAUUCAAAUUUCCUUUGUAGCUUAAAUACAUUCUUACUGUGGUAAAUAAGGGAGAAAUGGUCAUGCAUACCCCCACCCAAGUUGUAUUGUAACCUUACGAAUAUAUUGUAAUUGAAGUAUUCAAUUGUUUUAUGGUAUCACCAGCUGUUGUGCUCAUAA